AUGACUGUAGGUGAGACCUUGGUGCAUGUGAAGAACACUCUCCUCCUGUUCUGGCCAUUGGUGUCUCUGUUCCUUUCUUGUUGGCCCCUGAUUGGGCACUCUCAAUACCGCAAUCCCCCAGAAGUGGUGAUACCCUUGAGAGUAACUGGCCGUGGAAGACACAUAAGCACUCGAGACUGGCUCUCCUACAGCCUGCACUUUGGGGGCCAGAGACACAUUGUCCAUAUGAAGACCAAGAAGGUUUUGGUAUCCAGAGAUUUCUCUGUGUUCACCUACACUGACCAGGGUGCUCUGGUUGAGGAUAUGCCUUUUGUCCAAAAUGAUUGCUUCUAUCAUGGCUAUGUGGAAGGGGACCCAGAAUCCCUGGUUGCCCUCAGUACUUGUUUUGGAGGCUUUCAAGGAAUGCUACAGAUAAAUGACAUUGCUUAUGAGAUCAAGCCCAAAACGUUUUCUGCUACAUUUGAACAUUUGGUAUAUAAGAUUGACAGCCAGGAGACACAAUCCCUACCCAGAUGUGGAUUAACAGAAGAAGAAAUAGCAUGGCAAUUGAAGUUUCAAAAGAAUGCUACUACCACUCUAAUGCAAAGUUCCCUUGAGGGUAUAUGGCUCCACCAGUGGUUUCUCGAAUUGGCAAUUGUGAUAGAACAUGAACAAUUCAUUUUUCGGGGAAGUAAUAUCUCAAAAGUGGAGUUGGAGGUACUCAUGGCUAUUGAUUUAGUAGACGUCUUUUAUAACAUAAUGGGUCUUGAUGUGAUUCUCACUGGACUUGAGAUUUGGAAUGAAGAAAACCCCUAUAUAGCAAGCAGCACACGUACAAUGUUGCGUGCAUUUUGCAAUUGGAAAAAAGUCAGCUUUAAUUCUCGCGUGAGUCAUGAUGCUGCACAUAUUGUCAUAAAACAAGAUUUUUGUAAUACAAAGCCUUUUACAUCACAUUAUAAAGGAAUAUGUGACAUAAAUAGAAAUUGUGGAUUAGAGUGUAUUUUAAGUGACCAACUGCUUCCAUUUGCAUCGGCAGUGGCACAUGAGCUUGGCCACAAUUUGUGGAUGCGAGAUGAUGAUAGUACUUGUGUGUGUGGGAAAAGCAUAUGCAUCAUGAAUAAAGAGGUUAGUCCUGCAGAGGUAUUCAGCAACUGCAGUUAUGCUGCUUUUUUUAACAUCAUUAGCAAUAGUACUUGUCUGCACACAGCACCAAAUCCAGAGCACAUCAUCACAUUUAAGCGCUGUGGGAAUGGUGUGGUUGAAGAGGAAGAACAGUGUGACUGUGGCUCCAUGAAAUCAUGUACAAAUGAUACAUGUUGUUUGCAAAACUGCACUCUGACACCUGGGGCUGAUUGUGCUUCAGGGCUUUGUUGCAAAGACUGCAAGUUCAGGCCGUCAGGCACACUCUGUAGAGCACAGGAAAAUGAGUGUGAUCUGCCAGAGUGGUGCAAUGGCAUUUCACCUAAGUGUCCAGAUGACGUGUAUGUGGAGGAUGGAAUCCCUUGCCUGAACGAUAGCUUCUGCUAUGAAAAGAGAUGCAACAGCCAUGAUGAGCAGUGUAAGAAAAUUUUUGGCAAAGAAGCCAAGAAUGCAAAUCAGAUUUGUUACAAGGAAAUUAACAUCCGAGGUGACCGUUUUGGUCACUGUAGUGUGGAAGACACUAGAUAUGUACCAUGCGAUAUCUCAGAUAUCUUGUGUGGGCGAGUUCAGUGUGAGAAUGUGAUAGCAAUUCCUUCACUGGAAGAGCACACUACUGUGCAUUGGACUCAAAUCAAUGGGGUCACCUGCUGGGGAACAGACUAUCAUUUUGGCAUGAGCAUGACUGAUAUUGGUAAUGUGAAAGAUGGUACAGUGUGUGGUACAGAAUACAUGUGUCUCCACAAGAAGUGUGUCCCUAUGCCUCUUUGGGAAGAUGCUUGUUUGCCUGACAGCUGCAGUAUGAGAGGGGUCUGCAAUAAUAAACAUCACUGCCAUUGUGACUAUGACUGGGCCCCACCCAACUGCCUGAAGGAGGGCAAUGGAGGUAGCAUUGACAGUGGCCCACCCCCUCAGAGAAGGAGGAAGCCACCAUGGUGGAUUUACCUAUUAAUACUGAUAUCCCUUUCUUCACUCCCACCCUCCCUUCCACUGCCUUUGCUUCAGGCCCCGCCGCUCCCGGAGGAGCUCCUGGAACAGUGA